UCUGAGUCCUUGUUUUGUGCAGCCAUUGUGGUGGAAAUGGCAACAUCAACACUGGCAUCCGCGGCGGCGGCGGCGGCACAGAAGUUGCAAAUGAUUAAGGGAGAGCGCCACCUCUUCGCGUCGUCCGAUGAUAAUAUUGUGAUGAAGCAAGUCCUUGCCACGCAUUCCCCUGACGGCCGUGAGGUCGAUGCGAGGCCAUUGUUCCAACUCAUCCAGGACAUCCUGCAACGAUCGACCCCUACUGUUGUAGUGACUCCCCAGACUCACAUGGAGGCUGUGGAAGACAGAGCACAUCACCCUGCAGUUGCCGGAAUGCUCGAAGCUCUUGCAUACACCAUCCACAGGAUUUCUAGCGAGAUGAUAUACAAGUGCACCAGUGGUAGUGAUGCCCAUGCAACAACACUUUCCUUGUUCAACAUGCUGUCAAGCUACACAUGGGAUGCAAAGGUUGUCUUGGUCCUGGCAGCUUUUGCAGUGGACUAUGGGGAGUUCUGGCUCACUGCCCAGCUUCAUACUGUCCAUCCCCUCGCGAAAUCUGUGUCACUGCUUAAGCAGGUCCCUGAUAUUAUUGAGCACACCGAUGUUCUUAAGCCGCGAUUCGACACCAUCAACAACCUCAUCAAGGCCAUGCUGGAUGUCACAAACUGCAUUAUUGAGUUCAAGGAGCUCCCCUCGGAAUACAUCUCCCCUGACUCCCCGGACAUGGCGAUGGCCAUGGCCCAUAUCCCGACUGCCGCCUACUGGGCCGUUCGAAGUGCUGUAGCUUGUGCUACUCAGAUCACCAUGCUUAUUGGCCUUGGCCAUGAGUACAUGAGCUCCACCACUGAGGCAUGGGAAUUGUCAAGUUUAGCUCACAAAGUUAACAACAUUCAUGGGCACCUUACCAAGCAACUUGACCUGUGCCAAAAACAUAUUGAUGAGAAGAAGCACAUUGAGGCUUACCAGACACUUGUACGGCUCUUUCAGGCUGUCCACAUUGAUAACAUGAAGAUCCUUAAGGCGUUACUAUACUCAAGGGAUGAUCUUCCCCUCAUUGAUGGUACCAGCAAGAAAAGAGUUGGUGUCGAUGUGCUGAGAAGGAAGAUUGUCAUGCUUUUCAUCUCGGACCUCGACGUCGCCCAUGAAGAACUCUUAGUUCUUGUUCAGAUAUACAGUGACACUCAUCAAGGGAGGCUCGAGAGGCACUUUGAGAUUGUCUGGUUGCCAGUCCUUGACAGGCACCUCCCAUGGAACACCACAAAAGAGGAGACCUACAAUCGCUUGGCAUCCAUGAUGCCAUGGUAUUUGCUGCACGACCCUUUGCAGGUCGAUGCCGCUGUGAUCAAAUACAUCAGGGAUGUGUGGCACAUCGAAAAGAAGCCGAUGCUGGUGGUGUUGGAUCCUCAGGGGAAGAUAGUGUGUCCUAAUGCCCUCCACAUGAUGUGGAUAUGGGGCACUCUGGCCGUUCCUUUUACCAGUAACAGGGAGGAGGCUCUCUGGAAUGAGGAGACCUGGCGACUUGAAUUCCUCGUCGAUGAAAUCGAUCCUGCAAUACUGGCAUGGGUGAGAGAAGGACGGUAUGUAUGCCUAUAUGGAGGCGAGGAUAUCGACUGGAUACGAAGGUUUACUACAGCUCUCAGGCGUGUGGCACAGGAGGCAAAGAUCCCAUUAGAGAUGGUAUAUGUGGGGAGGAGCAAUCCAAAGGAGCGAGUGAAGAAAGCCGUGGCGACGAUCACGGCAGAGAAGCUCAGUGGCUACUGGCAAGACCCAGUGAUGGUGUGGUUCUUCUGGGUGAGGCUGGAGAGCAUGUGGCACUCCAAGAUGCAGCACGGCAAAACCAUUGAGAAUGACCCCAUCAUGCAAGAGGUGAUGACACUGCUCACCUACGACGGCAGCGAUGAGGGCUGGGCCCUCAUCAGCCGGGGGUCGGUGGAGAUGGUGAAGGCCCAAGGGAAGAAGCUCAUCGACUGCCUGACGGAGUUCGACAAAUGGAAGGCAGCUGUGGAGCAGGAGGGCUUUAUUCCAGCAAUGACAAAUGCAUUGUUGCCAUACCAUACCCAUGAGCACUGCACUCGUCUUAUCCUUCCCGGCGACACCGGCAAGAUCACGGAGAAGGUGGUUUGUACCGAGUGCAAGCGUCCCAUGGAGAAGUUCAUCUUAUACCGCUGCUGCAAUGACUGAAAUUAUCAUUAGCAUGCAUUCCAUUUCUCGGCCAUUGGAAGUUUGAUUUGGUGUGACUGAGGAGCAUGCUUUUCUAGAAGGUCUAUACAAACAGUGUGUUUUACCAAUGAUUGAAGUGUCUUGUGGUCUAUAUAUAUGAGAUCACUGUCCUUGCGUGGUUUUUCCAGUAUUGUAAUGUGUCUUUCAUUAUGGACCUAUGGUUCAAGUAAUAAAAUUUUGCUACUUUUCUACGAUA